AUGACGGCGAAGACAAAGCAAGUGAACCACUCACAACGAGAUGUGGGUUAUACCCUGACAAUGAAAAAGGAUAUCGGCACAGCGACUCAAGAGGUCACUAGCGAUCUGGAACAGCUUAGCAAUAACGAAGAUGGAAAAGCCUUUCAGGAAAGGGAGAAGGGGGAAAUAUCUCUUCUCAACGAUGCCGACAUGUUGAAAUUGGCAGAUUGGAACCGCACAAUGCCAACACAAGUAGACUGGUGCGUGCAUCACCAGAUAACGGAGCAGUGCCAGGCCCAGCCAAAUGCCCCUGCUGUGUGUGCCUGGGAUGGCAACUUCACGUACGGCGAAAUUGAUCAAUUAUCCACCGCCUUAGCUGUCCAGCUGGCAGGUUACGGUGUGGGACCUGAGAUGUUCGUGCCGCUGUGCUUUGAGAAGUCCUGCUGGACAGCUGUGGCAAUUCUAGGAGUUUUGAAGGCAGGAGCUGCCUUUGCACUGCUAGACUGUAACCAGCCGCAGUCGCGAUUGCAAGAGCUAUGUGAUAGUGUGAAUGCCACGCUUGUACUAUCUUCUCGGGACAACAAGAGUCGUAGCCAGAAGUUGGCAGAUACAGUGAUUGUGUUGAGUAGAACGAUGGAGUUCCCCGGUGAAUCGUACGAUUCUAGUGCUAUAUCCUUCGCCCAGCCACACAACGCUGUCUAUGCCAGCUUUACCUCUGGAUCCACGGGAAAGCCCAAAGUCGUUGUGGUGGAGCAUUCGGCGUAUUGCUCUAACGUCCUGGCUCACAGCAAGGAGUUGCACUUUGACAAACAUUCUCGUGUCCUACAAUCCGCGUCAUACGCAUUUGGCGCCAGCAUUAUGCAAAUCGUCACGACCUUGAUGGUUGGUGGAUGUGUCUGUGUGCCGUCAGAGUCAGAAUGUCUUGACAAUAUCGCAGCCGCAGCGCGCAAACUUCAAGUCAACUGGGCUCUUUUCACGCCCUCCGCUCUAAGGACAAUCCAGCAAGAGGACCUCUCCUGCUUGAAACAUGUUGUUCUUGUGGGGGAACCGCCAGCACGGGAGGACAUUGCAGUUUGGGCAGAUCACACCCAAGUCAUGAAAGGUUACGGUUCUGCCGAGUGCUCUGUGUGCUGUGCUGUAGCUCAAGAUAUGAAGCUACUCUCGAAUCCACAAUCGAUUGGCAGGAUGGCGGGAGGCGUUAGCUGGGUGGUUGAUGCGGACAAUCACCACAAAUUGGUGCCUUUAGGGGUAGUUGGAGAGUUGAUUGUGGAGGGUCCAAUCCUUGCACGGGGAUAUCUGAACGAUACGAAGAAGACAACCGAAGCCUUUAUAGACCCACCGAGUUGGUUUUCAGAGUUUUGUGAGAGGUACAACAAGAUAUCAAGAUGUGGUCGCCGACUUUACAAGACGGGUGACUUGGUCCGGUACGACGCGGAUGGCAGCCUGCUAUUUAUCGGGCGGAAAGACACACAGGUCAAGAUCCGCGGCCAAAGGGUGGAGUUAGGCGAGGUCGAGCAUCAUGUUCGGCAGGGUUUGGCAGGCAAUGCCGGUCCGCAAGCUGUGGCUGAGGUGGUGACACCACUUGGCAGCGACGUCCCGAUGCUGGUAGCAUUCAUCGCGAUUGGCGAGGAGGCAAACGAGAGUCCAGACCAUGUGCGAGCUGCACUCGCCAAAUUGACACAGGGGGUGGAGGAUUGGUUGAUGGAACAUGUGCCACGUUACAUGGUACCGAGCGUGUAUAUUGCUGUGGACAUGAUUCCCAUGACAGCGACGGGCAAGACCGACCGCAGACAGUUACGCGAGUUAGGUGGAGCGCUGACACUGGAGCAGCUGGCAGAGUUACAGCCAUCCCGUAGCACACUCCGGGUUCCGACGACAGCGCUAGAAGAGCAGCUACACAGACUGUGGACUCGCGUGCUCAAACUCCCUCCCAAUAGAAUAGGGGUCGACGAUAGCUUCCUGCGGAUCGGUGGCGACUCCAUCACGGCCGUGCAGCUUGUUGCAGCAGCUCGAGAGGACGGUCUUUCGUUGACCGUGGCGGAUAUCUUCAGUACACCACGCCUCAGCGACAUGGCACAUAUUGUCAAGAUAGAUAGCUCCGUUGAUGAACACAUUGCACCAUUCUCCCUACUCCAGCCAGGGAUCCCGGUGGAUCUGGCGCGGACCCAGGUCGCGCUCCAGUGUAAGGUGGACAUGGGUCUGGUGGAAGAUAUCUUUCCAUGCACGCCGCUGCAGGAAGGGAUGCUCAGCAUGAAUGCCAAGCGAGCGGGUGCCUACAUCAGCCAGAAUACGCUUGAGCUUCGGGGCAACGUCGACAUCAGGCGCUUGGAACGAGCGUGGCAGGAGGUAGUGGCAAUGACACCAAUCCUGCGAACGCGAGUUGUGGAUCUGGUGGGGCAAGGGUUGGUCCAGGUUGUGGUUGCAGGGCAGGCCCCAUUCGUCACAGGCCAAAACCUUCGGGCGUAUUUACAAGCAGACAAAAAUGAGACUAUGGGCCUGGGGAAGCCCCUUGCGAGGUUUGCUAUCAUGGACGGCCCUGGGGCCCUGCGGCCGACAUUCGUGUGGACAGCACACCAUGCACUGUUCGAUGGUUGGUCGAUGCCAAUAAUCUUCAAACAACUGGAACAAGCCUACCACGGCCAUACGCUAGAUCGGCUAGUUCCGUUCCAGGGAUUCAUCAAACAUAUCUUGCAGAGUGGUGAUGACACCAUGGCCACAGAGGAGUACUGGCAGAGCCAGCUUGGCGGAUGCGAGCCGAUGGCAUUCCCUAGUCUACCGUUGCCAGACUACGAGCCACGAGCGGACGAGGGGGUACAACACUAUAUAUCACAGUUACAGUGGCCGAGGAGUGAUAUUACUGCAUCAACGGCUAUCCGUGCAGCGUGGGCAAUUCUCCUGGCUCAAUACACGAAUUCCCCUGAUGUGAUCUUUGGGGCCACGGUAACCGGACGGCAUCAAACAGUUCCUGGAAUAGAGCGAAUCGCAGCUCCCACAAUUGCGACAGUUCCACUGCGAAUUAGAUGGAGCUGGGAGGAUGGUCUUCAAGAUCUGCUACAGCAAGUGCAGACACAGGCUAGUUCCAUGACUGCAUACGAGCAGAUGGGGCUCCAGCGGAUUCGGCGGAUCAGCCCCAGUACCGAACAGGCCUGCCAAUUCCAAACACUGUUGGUAGUUCAGCCUGCAGCGCGAGAAAGUGAGACCCCACCUCCGGAUAUGUUAUUUGAAGUACCCAGCCAGGAGAAUGACGAGGAUGAUGAAAGUGCUCGGAAGCUGAGCACAUCCAACACGUACGCGUGUAUGGUGGAGUGCCAUCUCGGAGAGGAUAGCCUUCAACUACGGGUGAACUUUGAUUCCCGAGUUAUCGAGAAGGUGCAGGUACAGCGAAUCGCAUGGCAUUUGGAGCACUUGCUACGUGAAAUUUGCGUGGGCCGGGCCAUGCCAAUUGCGGUCGGCGACCUGGUGGGGCCGAGCGCCAAGGAUCACCACCAACUUCAGGAAUGGAAUGGAAAGAUGCCGGCGCAGGUGAACCGUUGUGUCCAUGCGCUAGUCGCCGAGCGGUGCCAGGCCCAGCCUGCCGCCCCGGCCGUGUGCGCGUGGGACGGUGACCUGACAUACGGCGAGCUAGACGUGCUGUCGUCGGCGCUGGCCGCGCAUCUAGCCGAGCGCGGCGUAGGGCCCGAGGUUUUUGUGCCGGUCUGCUUCGAAAAGUCGCGGUGGACGAUAGUAGCAAUGCUAGGGGUGAUGAAAGCAGGGGGUGCAUUUGUGCUACUCGACCCGUCGCAUCCUCGGGCACGGCGGCAGGUAAUCUGUCGCGCCGUGUCGGCCGAGCUGGUUGUGGCAUCCGCAUCGCAGGCUGCAGCUGCAGCCGAGUUAAUAGCGCAGGUGGUCGUGGUAGGUGAUAAUGUGACGACAUGGCAGACUAGCGGUGGCUGGAAAAGGUCAUCAGUGACGCCUGACAAUUCACUUUACACCAUAUUCACCUCCGGUUCGACCGGUACGCCUAAAGGAGUGGUCGUUCCACACGCGGCAUUUGCCAGCGGCGGAUUCGCGCAUGGUCGUACCGAUCACCUCACAGCCCAAUCCCGAGUCUUCCAAUUUUCGUCCUAUGCAUUUGAUGUUAGCAUCAUUGACAUCCUUACCGCGUUGAUAGUUGGCAGCUGUAUUUGUGUCCCUUCGGAAGCUUCCCGACGCGAUGAUAUUACCAAGGCAGCUAGUCAGCUACGCGUCACAUGGGCGCAACUAACUCCAUCGACCGCUAAGUUGCUGCGAAGAGAAGAUAUUCCAACAUUACAGACCUUAGUCCUAGCUGGCGAGGCGGUGACAUUGAGGGACAUCGAGCCUUGGAUUGGACACGUCAAAUUGGUGAACGGAUAUGGCCCAGCGGAGUGCUCUGGACUAUCUAGUAUACAUCCAGGACUGGGAAGAUCUGAUGCAAACAACAUUGGAUGGGCACCCAGCUCCGUGUUUUGGAUAGUCAACAGAGAUAAUCACGAGCAACUUGUGCCGAUCGGGGCGGUGGGCGAGCUGUUGAUUGAGGGCCCAAUCGUCGGGCGCGGCUACCUCAAUAACCCAGUCAAAACUGCAGAGGCAUUUAUCAAUCUGCCAGCCUGGCUGCAAGAAUUUCGCCGUAAGAGCAAUCCUCAAGCUGCCGCUGAUUAUCCGACUAUCAACCGGCUGUAUAAGACGGGUGACCUGGUUCGGUACGCCGCAGACGGAUCGAUGCGAUAUCUCGGGCGUAAGGACACGCAGGUCAAGCUAAGGGGACAGCGCAUCGAGGUGGGCGAGGUCGAGUACCAUACACGAGAGUGUUUCCCAGGCGCGCGUGAUGUGGUAGUUGAGGUGGUGACGCCAGCGGAGGCCAAACGGCCGCCUAUGCUUGUAGCAUUUGUGUGGACUGACGAUAUCAACGGUGCCAAGAGUAGUGAUACUAAGAGAGAUGACAAUGAGAGAGCUGAACACAAAGCGGAUGAGCUUCUGGCCAGCCCCACUGACGCCUUCCGCGCAAUUAUCCCUAGAGUCGAGGCCGGCCUUCAUGACGCUGUGCCGUCCUACAUGGUCCCAGCUGUGUUCCUCCCCCUGGUAGCCAUUCCUCUCACUGCCACCGGCAAGACCGACCGCCGCAGGCUCCGCGAGCGCGCGGCCACUCUUACCCGGGCCGAGAUGGAGGCGUACAGCAGCCCUGCGAUGGCGAAGCGUGCACCCGCCACAGCUGCGGAGCGGACACUCCAGCAGCUGUGGGCACGGGUCCUGCACCUCGCCCCUGACUCAAUUGGCGCAGACGACAGCUUCUUCCGUGUAGGUGGUGACUCAAUUUCUGCAAUGUACCUCGUCGGUUUGGCAAGGGGUCAAGGAUUCGAACUAUCUGUUUCGCAGGUUUUUGCACUCCGACAGCUAAGCGUCCUGGCCAAAGCACUUAUCAAAAGCCAAAUCGUCGACACGAGCAAGAGUAUCGACCCGUUCUCGCUCCUGGAUCCUCAACAAAAGUCUGUCAUUUUACACUCACGGCCGAGUGGUCUAUCCCUUACCAACGACGCAGUACUUGAUAUUAUUCCAGUGACAGAUUCACAAGUCUUCUUUUUGACCCAAUGGUCUCUGAGCUGCUUUUCCUAUUCAAUUCAAGGCAUGGUUGACGCCGAUAGGCUACGCCUGGCUUGUCAUUCCCUUGUGCAGGCUCAUGCUAUCAUGCGUACGGUUUUUAUUAAGCACCAGGGCAAGUUACUUCAGGUUGUUUUGAAGUCUAUCAAUCUUCCAUUCGAUCACAUUCAUACCGAAAAGCCUCUCGAGCCCAUUUGGAGAUCUCUCUGUGAGAUCGAUUCUAAGGAGGAAUCUGUCUCGGGCAAGCCGCUUGUUAAGUUCACCCUCAUCUCACGGUCACAAACAGAACAUAUUUUCACUGUCCGCCUCUCGCAUGCCCAGUAUGAUGGUGCUUCUAAACCAAUGAUCCUCACUGAUCUCGUGGCUGCUUACAAUGAAGACAUUCAAUCUGGCCCGGUUUGCGCGACAUUCCCUGACUAUGUGUACUACUGUGCCAGCAACGGCUCCGACACUGCAUUCGAAUUUUGGAAAGAUUGUCUGCAAGGCUCAGCGAUGACAAUGCUUCCAUGUUUAGAUCUGCGGGGAGAAACUCUGACGGAUAUCCACGAGACCGCCUUUGGAGACCUACCCAGCGCGUUCGAAGAUAUCACAAUCCCAAUCUUGGUCAACGCAGCUUUCUCCUUUAUCCUUUCAAACCUGACCCAGAAGGAUGAUGUUGUGUUUGGGGUGGUGAUGAAUACGCGUACUAUUCCAUUGCCCCAGGUGCAGACAAUCCUCGGGCCCUGUAUCAAUCUCAAUCCACUACGAGCCCCCAUCGCGCAAGUUUCCACCGUCUACGACCUAUGCAGGCUAUUACGUGAUCAAUACACACAAUCUGUGCAAUUCUCUCACCUCGAUUUCUCCGACAUACGUGCCAAAAGUACGGACUGGCCUUUAGAUACCAAAUUGGGAUGCAUAGUCAACCACUUGGGCGGGGCUGAGAAUAGCCCCUUGACUUUAGGAGCCAGAGCCAACAUUUCCGAUUCCUUGGUCAUGAGUCGGAUCAAUUUGGAGGAUCAGCUUUUGAUCCGGUCCAUUCCCGGUGACGGAAAACUGCAGGUUCAAGUUCUCACAUCCAAUAAAAUCAUGGUGUCAGAACAAGCUGGGUUGCUGGCGAAAAGACUGAUCGAGACGGUAAAUGUGUUCGCGAGGUCUCCAGAAGCAUUGCUCUCUUCUAUGUGUUCUUAA